AUGAGCUCUGUCGGUCUGUCUGACCGCCAACAUUCGACCUCAGCUCACCACAGCGCCAACAGCUCACAGCAAGUCCCCGAGAUGGCAGUCUACUGUGACAACUACAACAUGUACCAUCAGCAGAACCUGCACAGCUCGCAGAGAGCGCCCGGCUACGCUCUGGGGGAAUAUCACGGACCCAGCAACCCGUAUCUGUGGAUCAACGGGCCUGGGACCAACACCUCGCCGCAUUAUCUCCACGGCAGUAGCUCCGGCUCCUUCGUUCCUCCUGCCUACGGGACCCAGAAGCAGUACUUGCCCGCUUCGCCGGGCUUCGCUGGCACCGACCUGGGCUGGCUCUCCCUCACCAGCCAAGAGGAGCUCCUUAAGCUUGUCAGACCCCCUUACUCUUAUUCCGCGCUCAUCGCCAUGGCGAUCCAGAAUGCCCCCGAAAAGAAGUUGACCCUGAGCCAGAUCUACCAGUACGUGGCCGAGAACUUCCCCUUCUACAAGAAGAGCAAGGCAGGUUGGCAAAACUCCAUCCGGCACAACCUGUCCUUGAACGACUGCUUCAAGAAAGUGCCGAGAGACGAGGACGACCCAGGGAAGGGAAAUUACUGGACCCUGGACCCCAACUGCGAGAAGAUGUUCGACAACGGCAACUUUCGCAGGAAGAGAAAACGGAGAACUGAUCCGAAUUCGGGCAUUGCCACCGGUAAGAGCCAAGACGCGGCGGCGGUGCCCGGUGUGAAAAUCCCGGACAGCCCGUCCCUAUUGCUUGAAGCCACCUCCCCGGACCUGGAUCAUUCCCGGGGCUCUGCCGAAGAUCCUAAACCGUCCACUCCUUCGUCCAGCCCGUGUCUGAACGGGUUUUUCAACGGCAUGGCAGCGAUCGGCAGCGGAGCGCUCACCAGACAGAUGUCGAUGGGACUGGCCAGCGACUUGUCCCAGAGAAACGUGGCUACACUCGGUUCCUACUCCUCCAACAACACUCUGCCCUCGCAGGAAGUGGGCGAUGGGACGGACACCUGCCACUUAACCCGCUCCGGUUACUACAGCUCCUUCACUGGGGGACAGGCAAACCAAUUCAGCAGCCACUUCUACAACAACUUCAGCGUCGACAGUUUGAUCUAUCCUCGGGAGGGCACUGACACCUGA